UUUACUCUUUUUCAUGUCUCAUCCAAUACCAUUUUUAGAGUGCAGCUCCUUUUGCAGUUGUCUUCUAUGCAACGGCUAUAGCUUAACUUGCAAUGCAGUCUCUUAAAUGGCGAAAACAUCUUAAACCUCUGCUCUUAGCCUGCGAAGACAAGAAACCCCUAGCAAAAAUUCACGCCUUGAUGAUCCAAACCGGCCAUAAAAACUCUGUUGGCAAUCUUAUAGCAUCUUAUGCGCGAGUUGGUGAUAUCUUGUCAGCUCGCAAAGUGUUCGAUAAAUUGUCUAAUAGAAGGGUAAAUUCAUGGAAUGCAAUGAUCCUUGCCUAUUCUCGUAAAAGUUUUCCAAAAGAAGUUCUGGACUUGUAUCGUCAGAUGAUUAUGGAAGGCAUUAAGCCUGACAGCACCACUUUUACCAUGGCUAUUAAGGCCUGUGUUAGCUUGAUGGACAUGGAAAUGGGGGACGAGAUUUGGCGUAAAGCGGUGGAUUUCGGAUAUCAGAAGGAUGUUUUUGUGGCGUCUUCCAUUUUGAAUUUGUAUGUCAAAUGUGGGAAAAUGGACGAGGCAAUGGUAGUGUUUAACGGGAUGCCAAGAAAGGAUCUUGUCUGUUGGACUACUAUGGUAACAGGGCUGGCGCAGAGCGGACGGGCAAGUGAGGCGAUUGAUUCAUAUAGAAAAAUGCGAAUGGAAGGGAUGGAAGGAGAUAGUGUUAUGAUGUUGGGGUUGAUUCAAGCAUCUGUAAAUCUGGGGGACUCAAAGUUGGGACGUACAAUUCAUGGAUAUAUGAUUAGGAAAGGUCUUUCCAUGGACGUCGUGGUUCAGACUAGCCUUGUCGAUAUGUAUGCUAAGAAUGGAUACUUGGAAUAUGCUUUGCAUGUCUUCAAGAUGCCAACCAAGAAUGAUAUUUCUUGGGGUGCAUUGAUAUCUGGCUUAGCUCAAAAUGGCUUUGCUAGAAAUGCACUGGAGUUGUUGGUACAGAUGCAGGGUUGUGGAUUUAAGCCGGACUCGAUGUCCCUUGUGGGUGCUCUUCUGGCAUGUUCGCAAUGCGGGUUGUUAAAAUUGGGUAAAUCCACACAUGGAUGUAUCACUAGAAGGUUUGAUUUGGAACCAGUUUCUGGCACAGCAAUGAUUGACAUGUAUGCAAAAUGUGGAUCGCUUUCUUAUGCCCGUGCACUCUUUGAUCGGAUAGCUUCUAAAGAUAUAAUCUCUUGGAAUGUAAUGAUUGCCAGCUACGGAGUACAUGGGCAUGGAAAGGAAGCUCUAUCACUCUUCCUCAAGAUGACAAAAAUGAGCUUAAAACCUGAUCAUGCAACUUUUGCAGCACUUCUCUCAGCUCUCAGCCACUCGGGAAUGGUUAACGAAGGUCGAUACUGGUUUAAUUUCAUGGUAAAUGAAUACGGUAUCCAACCAAUUGAGAAGCACUACACUUGUAUGGUCGAUCUUUUAGCUCGUGCAGGACUUGUGGAAGAAGCUUAUAAACUAAUAGGGUCUAUGAACAACAAACCCGGGGUGGCUGUUUGGGUUGCUCUCCUGUCUGGCUGCCGUAAUCAUGGGAAGUUGUCAAUCGGGGAAAUGGCAGCAAAGAAAGUCCUCGAGUUAAAUCCAGACGACUUGGGAAUUCAUGCGUUGGUCUCGAACUUCUUCGCCAUGGGAAACAUGUGGGAUGAAGUUGCUGUUGUAAAGAAACUCAUGAAAGACUCGGGGAAGAAGAAAGUACCUGGAUACAGUGUGUUGGAUGUGGAUGGGAAGCUCCAUGCUUUCCUUAUGGGAGAUAAAAGCCACCAUGAAUAUAAAGCUAUAGCAACUGUAUUGGAUAAUUUAGACCGUGAGAUGAGUUUCAUAGUCAAAUGAUGGGGUUCCUUAUAUGAUCAUA